AUGGAUGACAAGGCACAGCAGUCGCAGUCUCAGUCGCAGUCGCAGGCGCAGUCGCAGUCGCAGUCGCAGUCGCAGGCGCAUGCACCGUCGUCCUUGAUGCCGGACAUGCAGGACACUCCACCGCGCGCCGAUGUCGACGAGAUCCUGCGGAGGAAACGGAAGGCGCGAGAAUACAAGGCCUGCUACCCGUGUCGACAACGAAAAGUCAAAUGCGACCAGACCGUGCCCUGCAAAACCUGCGUCGUCCGCGAGCACCCAGAGCUAUGCACCUACCAUCCGCCGAGCGAGUCGCAUCCCCCGGCGAAGAGGAUCAGCAUGGGACUGGGCCAGAACGGACACGACUUCAACGUCAACGGCUUGGUCCACAUCCACGGCGGCACCGUCACCCUACCACGCGAGGACUGGGAGCACAUCUGCGCAAAGCUCCAGACGGCUGAGAAGUCGCUCAACGAGCUGAAGAACUCGAUCAGCAGCGUGUCCGAAGUCGCCCCACCCCUCAAUGGCUUCUCGCCCUCCACCUCCACAGCGCUCGCUGCCGCGGCACCCAUCGACGGCGAGCAGAGCCACGUUCGCACACAAGGGAUACACACCCGCAACGACAUCACCGGUCAGACGAUCCACAUUGGGCCCAGCUCAGUGCCCGCGCUGGUCAUGGCUUUGGGCCGGGGUGAGGAUGCGCAGUGGGCGCCAGGGCUACAAGACCUGCUGGGGAAAAAGAGCAUGUUGCCCAUAUUUGGUCUGGACAACGAAAGCGCUACCUAUCCCUUUGUCGAUCUCUGGGGACUGCCACAUGGUUCCAUUUCACGCGCAACAGAACUGGCAAACGCACUACCGAGCGAUUCGGAAUGCCUCAGCUUCUUCCGCUGCUACCGCGAGACCGCACACGCUGUUUACCCUGCCGUUGCCGACAUCGAAGGCGUCGAGUCCGACCUCCUGCUUUUCCUCAUCAACCGUGCGAGCUCGCAAGGGGCCAGUGGUGUCACAGACCAGCAAAUCUAUGGGAAAGACUUCCACUGGAUUGGCUUGGUCUUUGCUGUGUUAGCGUCAGGAUGCCAGUGCUCGACACUGUCGAGAAGAGAAAGGGAACUCACAUCACAGGUCUACAUAUGUUGCAGCUUCGAGUGCUUACGAUUUACAAACUUUCUUUCACACGCGAACAUCGAAAACAUACAAACGCUCUUGAUCCUCGGAAACGUCAUCUCGAACAACAUGAACGCUGGCGUUGCAUGGAGCCUGAUGGGCCUGACGGUUCGACUUUCGCAAACACUUGGUCUGCACCGCAUGUGCCCAUCGUCGACACCUGUGCAGCAGAGGAUAGUACGAAGCAAGGUGUGGUGGGCGUUACUCUGGCAAGACUCGCUACUCUCAGUGUCAUACGAUCGGGCGUCUUCGACUACCACUAUCGACCACACCGUGCCUCUCAGCAACCACACAGCACCCGGCACUCGAACCUACGUCGAAAGCAUGUACCGCUUAUGUAAAGUUGGACUCGACAUUGUGCGCGAACGCCAGAAACCACAAACAUCUCAGGAUGCUCUGAUCAGGAUAACUGAGCAUCGAAACGAACUCCAAGAAAUCAUGGUGGACGCAGCAGACUACUUGAAGGACUCUCGAAGAUGCCGUUCGAUGCGCGAUCAACUAGAACACUGGGCACUGUACCUCCACAUCUCAUACAUCACAUCAGAACUAUGUCGGCCCGCCAUCAGCCCCACAACAGCUGGUCUCGACCUCUCCAAAACACUCCGGAAGACCUGUAUUGAUAGUCUGACAAACACUGUCGAAGCUUUCCUCGGGUUACAGAACAUGACACCCUUCGCUACUCGCUCGUGGGCCGCCCUUCACCGAUCACUCAGCUGCGCGCUCCUCCUCGGCAUCCUCGGUGAGCACAAUCGCAACGAGCGAGCUCGCGGCCUCCUCCAGAACAUCAUUCAAGUGCUGGGUGAUUUCACGAAAGAUGUUGAUCCUAAUGAACUCGCGACCCCCAUUACACGCUCAGUCUCGGCACUCGAGCGGCUACUGCGCAUUACUACAAGUGUCAACCGGAAGACCAGCGAGUCCGGAUCGCUGGCCUCGCCUCCAAUGAAUACAUUUACGGCAGACGACAUUAACGCUGCUUUAACGAACGGCGAUGGCAAUGCGUUCUCGCAGUCGCCAUUGCUGGGCUUGGAUCUAGACUCUUCGCCAUAUGCGUUGAUGGAAUCGAUCGUAUGGGGCGCGCAGAAGGACGGAUGA